CCGUAAUCCAUACCUUCGUUCUGGGAUAUCGAAACCAUCCACCGCCUGGCUCUCAAGUCUCAACAUCCCCCCCGCCUUUCAACGUACCUUAGCCCACCACCCCGCCGGCGCCCACGGAAGAGAAACAACUGCAGCUGGGGCCGAGUCUACUUUUUUUCUCUUUCGUUUGUUUCCUUAUCCCCGUCCCGACCUACGGCUAGAUUACCACCCCCAGCCAUGCCUCCCACGAAGCUCCCGGAAUCCGGCAACCCGCUGGUCUUUUUCGACAUCACACUUGGUGGUGAACCACUCGGCCGCAUCACGUUCGAGCUCUUCAAGGAUGUAGUCCCCAAGACGGCCGAAAACUUCCGCCAAUUCUGCACUGGCGAAUCCAAGGAUGCCCGAGGUCGUCCGCAGGGCUACAAGGCCUCCAAGUUCCACCGUAUCAUUCAAGGCUUUAUGUGCCAGGGCGGCGACUUCCUAAACGGUGACGGUACCGGCUCGGUAUGCAUCUACGGCACCUCCAAGUUCGCCGAUGAGAACUUCAACCUGAAGCACGACCAGCCCGGUCUGCUCUCCAUGGCUAACGCCGGACCCAACACAAACGGCUCCCAGUUCUUCAUCACUACCGUCCCGACGCCCUUCCUGGACAACAAGCACGUCGUCUUUGGCAAGGUCGUCGACGGCAUGGACAUUGUCAAGAUGAUGGAGGCCACCAAGACGGGGUACCGCGGCAAGGACCAGCCGAACCAGGACGUUGUCAUUGCGCAGUGCGGUGAGAUGUGAGGUUCGGCCCUUGAAAGCUUGGGUGAUGAGGUGAUGAGCUAGAGCAAAACUUAUCAGGAUGGUCACGUUGCUUGUCUUGAGAGUGAGGCUGAGGUAUAACGAUACGUUAUCUGAUGCACGACGCAUGUGGAGUCUGGAGUAACAUGAGCUCAAGUAUUCGAGGCAGGAUGGAAGAUGAUCGUCAUUCGAUUACCCGUUGGGUUUGCGUGUUUGCGUGGCAUGUCGACUUUGCAUAGGUCGAGGCAUAAACCUCCGUAGUGAAUGAGAGACGCCUCAUGUCGUGCAUACUU